GUUAUAGAACCCUCUACCAGGAAGUAAACUCAGUGGAAAGACAGUGCUCGAGGACGCACAAGCAUCGUUACCUUCCUGAGAAGUUGACGGGAUCAAAGUGUCGUCAUGUCCUUAACAAUAUUGACGGCUACACAAAGGCUGAGAUCUGUCUCCAGACUGCAUCGAAUUCAAGGACACAUGAUGUCCACUCAUGUGGAGCCAGAUGUUCUCCUGGAGAAGGUGGGCAGAGCUGGUGUGAUCACCAUGAACAGACCCAAAGUCCUAAAUGCUCUAAACAUGUCCAUGAUCCGAUUGAUCUACCCUCAGCUCAAGAAAUGGGAAAGUGAUAGUGAAACUGACCUGGUGAUAAUCAAAGGAGCUGGGGGUAAAGCCUUUUGUGCUGGUGGAGACAUCAGAGCUAUAACUGAAGCCGGGAAAGUUGGAGAUCCCCUCACAAAGGUGUUUUUCCGUGAGGAAUACAUGUUGAACAAUGCUAUAGGAACAUACAGGAAACCAUUUAUUGCCUUAAUUGAUGGAAUAACGAUGGGAGGGGGAGUUGGUCUGUCAGUUCAUGGACGUUUUCGAGUGGCCACUGAGAAAACAUUGUUUGCCAUGCCAGAGACCGCUAUUGGUCUUUUUCCGGAUGUAGGAGGUGGUUAUUUCCUCCCGAGGCUCCAGGGAAAGUUGGGACUCUUUCUAGCUAUGACUGGCUUCCGUCUCAAAGGUCGUGACGUGCACAGAGCUGGUAUUUCCACUCACUUUGUGGAGUCCAAGAAGAUAUCCCACCUAGAGAAGGAUCUUCUGGACUUAAAGUCGCCCACAGUUGAGAAUAUUUCCAGAGUGCUAGACUCCUUCCAGAAUGAGAGCAGCCUUGAUUCUGAGAAACCGUUUGUCCUGGAGAACCACAUGUCUGACAUUAACCGACUGUUCACCUCUGACACUGUGGAGGGUAUCAUGCAGAACCUGAAGGCAGAUUCUUCAGACUUUGCCAAGAAACAAAUUGAGAUAUUAUCCCGGAUGUCUCCCACCUCCCUGAAAAUAACCUACAAGCAGCUGCAGGCCGGUGCUACGCUCAGCCUACAGGACGUGUUCGUCAUGGAAUAUCGCCUGAGCCAGGCCUGUUUGCGGGGCUGUGACUUUUACGAGGGUGUAAGAGCUGUUCUGGUUGACAAGGAUCAUAAUCCCAAAUGGAACCCACCAACUUUGGAGGAGGUGUCUGACCAGAGUGUGGACCAGUGCUUCGCUUCGCUUGGAGAGAUGGAUAUGUCUUUUUAAUGUCAUCCGACACCUUCACACUUGGAGCACAUUAGGAUUGUAAAGAAAAAACUAAAUAAUGUACGGUAUGCUCGGGAUAGGUUGAUUGGCAACACUAAAUUGGCCCUAGUGUGUGAAUGUGAGUGUGAAUGUUGUUUGUCUAUCUGUGUUGGCCUUGCAAUGAGGUGGCGACUUGUCCAGAGUGUAACCUACCUUCCGCCCGAUUGUAGCUGAGAUAGGCGCCAGCGCACGCCGCCACCCCGAAAGGGAAUAAGCGGUAGGAAAUGGAUGGAUGGAUGGCAUGUGCGUAUGCAUGCGUGUGGACAAAAUUCAUCAAAGCAAGGAAAUAAUGAUUGACAUUUUUUCUAGAAUUGUGCAACACUACUCCAAUAUUAUUCUCUUGCUCUUUUGUGUCUGUUAAUCAAGAAAUUACUGGAUACCAUCCUGUGAUCAUCGAUAAAACUGCUAAAAUGUUUUAAUUUUCACACAGGCCAAAAAUGUUUUGAUAUUUUUACAAUACCACAUUGCAGAUGUAAUCCUAAACUGUAAUGAUACCUUAAAUUUUCAAAAUCAUGUAUUUACAUUUUUUAGAAAUAAAGAAUGCAUUAAAAUGUAUGUUAUUAGAAGACAGGAAUCAAAUGGUUUACAGCCUGUAGCAAUUUACACAGAUAUUAUUGGUGAGUCAAUUAAAGCUGACCAGGGACAUAAGCAUCCCCUUUAUUGCCAUGGCAACUUUGGAUCUUCAUCUCCCAGUACUUAUUAGUGUUCAACAUGACUGUACAUUCAUUUAGUUUCCGGCAACGCUUUGUCAGCUAAAUUAGCUGCUGUAAAAGGUUGUAUUUACCACUUAACAACUGUUGGGGGCACCGAGGGGUAAACAGAAUGAUGUUUACUGACAGUCCUGCAGGAAGUUGUAUAUGAGGUGACAAUGUCAAUGAUGAAUGUUUUGUGUAAAUGUGAGACUAAAGUCAAAGUUUAAAGUC